UGGCAUUUCACUAUAGUCCGAAAUAGAAUUAUCCCAAGAAGGAAGCCAUGGCAGUCAACCAAUCCUUCUUGAAGCUCCUCAUCCUCUUCUCCAUCUUCACCAUCUCCAGAUCUGACGAAGAAGAUUGCGUGUACACGCUCUACGUGAGAACGAGCACGAUCAUCAAAGGCGGCACCGAUUCCAAGAUCGGGGCCACCCUCCUCGACGCCGAUGGCUACGGCAUCCGCAUCAACGACAUCGAGGCCUGGGGCGGCCUAAUGGGCCCGGGAUACGACUACUUCGAGCGGGGCAACCUCGACAUCUUCAGCGGCCGCGGGCCCUGCAUCCCGGGCCCCAUCUGCUCCAUGAACCUCACCUCCGACGGCACCGGAUCGGGCCACGGCUGGUACUGCAACUACGUCGAGGCCUCCUCCACCGGCGUCCACGAGGAAUGCUCGAAGAAGUAUUUCGAGGUCGAGCAGUGGCUCGCCACCGACGCCGCGCCUCGUCAGCUCUACGCGUAUAGAAACCUGUGUUCGGGCUCUUCGGGCCGGGCCAGGCUUAUGAAGCGAGGCGUGGAUUUGCCGAGGGUGUCGGUCGUUUGAGUUGUCACGGGCUUUUUUGGGCCCGAUUCUGAUGCUCGGUAUAAAAUUUGUGGGGAUUAUAUAUUUAUUUAGUUGAAAUAAAUGUGGAAGGAUGGGACUUGACCCGGACUGUGAUGUUUUGGUAAAUAAUGCUUUUGUAUUAUUGAUGUAUUGUUUGAGUGAAUUUUGCAACAUUUGUGUGUAUUAAAUUAAGUAAAAAACUAGUGAUAUUUUUGUAGGAUUGUAAAAGUGUCAUUUUAAAAAAAUAUAUAUAUAUUCAAGGUGGA